AUGAGAGGAGGGGUGAAGUUGUUCGGUGUUCGACUCACGGAUGGGUCCAUAAAGAAGAGUGUGAGUGUGGAAAACCUCUCUGCUCACUAUUGCUCGUCUUCCUCUACUGCUGCUUCUCCCAAUCCUGGUUCACCUUCUUUUGAUCCCCUCCGUGAUCCCACCCCUGUCACCGAAGGUUAUGUCUCUGAUGAUCCUGCUCAUGCAUCUUGUUCUUCCAAUUGGCCCAGUGAUAGGAAAAAGGGUAAUGCUAUGGGAGAUCAAGACAUAGGUUUGGAUGUUGAGAUUGAGCCUCGGGUCAGUAUGAUAUUUAAUUCAAAGAUCGAGGCUUAUAAAUUCUAUAAUUCCUAUGGGGGAAGGAUGGAUUUCAAUGUGAGGAGAGACUAUGCACAUUGGAGCAGAACUGAUAAGUCAAUCCUAACUUUGAGGAAAUUCGCAUAUAGUAAACAAGGUUUAAGAAAAAAAGACAAACGAGAUGUUGAUACAAAGAUACCGAGAGCAAAGAGAAGAACUAAUUGUAAUGCACAGAUGGGAAUUGUGCGUGUUGAUAAUGGACAAUAUCAGUAUGCCCAUGCGAUACAGAUUGAUCUAGCCGAUGAUUCCGGAAUAAAACCUAAGGCCAUAUUUGAGUACAUGAGCAUGCAAGCAGGUGGAAAAGAAAACAUUGGGUUUAUCAGACAAGAUCAAAAGAACUACCUCCGAACAAAAUGUCAGCUUGACUUAUCUUAUGGUGAAGCUGUUAGUUUGUUGAUGUACUUUGAAAAACAAACAAGGGGAAACCCUUCUUUUACAUAUGCAUUACAGUUGGAUAGUGAGGAGCAGAUAACAAAUAUAAUCUGGGCAGAUCCAAAAAUGUUAAUAGACUAUACUCAUUUUGGUGAUGUAGUUAACUUUGAUAUGACACUUUGUACUAACAUAGAAUAUAGGUCAUUCGGUGUAUUUACUGGAUUUAAUCACCAUAAAGAUCAAGAUGCUGCAAUGGGAAAGGCGAUAUCUGAGGUUUUUCCCGAUAAUGGCAUGUACGAGGAAGUAAUAGCGUUUGAGAAUGCAUGGAUGAAAUUACGUAUUGAUUAUCUAGUUACAGAUUCUUCAUGUUUGGAUCUUGUUCAGUUUUUUAAACAUUUCGAGAGGAUGGUGACUGAUAAGCGUUAUAAUGAGUUGAAGGCGAAGUUUGAUGCAAGAAAUAAAACUCCAAGAAAUUUCUUUCUCAUGUCACCCAUUAUGAACCAAGCGUUAGAAAUUUAUACUCCUAAAAUAUUUGAAGAACUUCAACACGAGUAUAUAUGGAUUACUGCUUGUUUUAUUAAAUUUUGGAAUAAGAGUGCUGCCAUUGAUAACUACAUAGCUGCUGUUGUUGACAGAGAAGGGAAUUUUAAUGUUGAGUGUAACCCAGUUGGCCCUACUAUUGCAUGUAAUUGUAAGAAGUUUGAGACUUUUGGAAUUCUAUGCUGCCAUGCUUUGAAAAUAUUUGAUGUGCUUGAUAUCAAGUUCAUUCCUGCAAAUUAUGUGUUGAGGAGAUGGACACGGGGAGGAAGAAGCAUGAUAGUAAAAGUUGAUGACGGAACCUGA